AUGGUGACCCUUAAGCUUCUUAGACGAUAUUUCCAAGUUGCUUUGAAGGAUAACGCCGACCAGGAUGUCGCGCACUUGGAGACGAUGGACACAGUCGCCGAUAUAGAGGACAAGAACGCCCAUUCCCGCAUGGACCGGGAGGUCGCUGAAUACGCUGGAGCUGAGCGAAUUGAUAUUGAUGAGGCAACCGAUAGGCGUUUGAAAAAGAUGAUCGACAAACGCAUUCUCGUCAUCAUGGUAGUUACGUACUUCAUGCAAGCGCUUGAUAAAGGAACAAUCUCGUUCGUGGCAAUAAUGAACUUCAAUAAGGACAACGGAUUGAUUGGGCAACAGGUAGGUGUCGUCACGCAGUUGGGUACCCCGAAGAGUCAAAUUUGUAAGCUGACCAAAUUCACUAUCCAGUUCCCAUGGCUGACGACCUGCAUUUACAUUGCUGUUCUCAUCUGUGAAUACCCAACCAAUCUCAUCAUCCAGCGAGUACCAAUCGCCAAGUAUCUGUCAUUCAACAUUAUAUGCUGGGGCAUAGUGCUGAUGUGUCAUGCUGCUUGCCAUAACUUCGCUGGUCUCGUCGUAGUAAGGACCCUACUUGGCAUGUUUGAGACCUGCUGUCAACCCACAUUUGUUGUUCUAAGCGCAAUGUGGUACAAGCGGCAUGAGCAAGCCCAGGCGGUGACUUUUUGGUCUUUUGCCGGUACCAUCGUCAUCAUGACGGUUGAGAAUAAGAACCAGGCCACCCGCAUAGGUCUUCUUAUAAGCUACUAUAUCAUUUUCUCGUUCUGGUCUGCCCAGACGACUGCAUUAUCAAUGAUCAGCCGCAACGUCGCUGGACAGACCAAGAAGGCCGUUGUCAUCGCUGCAAAUUUUGUCGCAUGGGCCACGGCUGCUUCAAUAGGUGGGCAUCAGUAG